AGAUGGCCAUGAUUCCAGACACAAAUGAUCUUUUUUUUGUAAAUCAUACAAUCGACAAUUCCUAAAGUAAUACCAGGAUUAUAUUGCAUUUAUCGAAUUGUGUUUAAUUAACCACGACGAAUAUUACUCAUAAAAUUUUUAUGUAUUUUUCAAGAGUGACCUGACGCAUGUUUCAAGAGUGACCUAACCUGUUUGAAAAAUCUGCUCUGCAUUCUGCUUCUGCUGCUAUCUGCUAGCUGCUGGGCUAGGUGGUAGCGAAGGUCGUUCAGUCAAGUGUUUGGGUUUUGGAUUUUAGUUUAUUAAUAAAAAAGUAAUGGCAAACAGGAUUUUAACUCGUAUAUCGUCGGUUUCAAAGCCAUUUAUUCGAACUUUUGAUGCACAAGAAACUAUUUUGAGACAUGAAGCCACAGCGACUUCUUUUGACAUCCAACAUAAAACACCGCCUCAGAAGAAAGUAGACAAGAUACCUGUUGCUAAAUAUGGCGGAAGACAUACGGUCACAAUGCUGCCGGGAGGUGGUAUUGGUCCUGAGCUUAUGGGUUACGUGAAGGAAGUUUUCAGAUUUGGUGGAGUGCCAGUCGAUUUUGAAACCGUGCAAAUUGAUCCAAUUAGCGACAGUAAUACUGAUUUAGAGUAUGCUAUCACUUCGAUUAAGAGGAAUGGAGUCGCUCUAAAAGGAAAUAUUGAAACAGGUAGUUUGGAUACGACUGUGAUAUCUCGAAACGUGGCUUUGCGAAAUGAACUCGACCUCUUUGUGAAUGUUUUGAACUGCAAAUCGUACCCUGGAAUCUCAGCCAGACACCAGGAUAUCGAUAUUAUUAUCAUCAGACAGAACACUGAAGGAGAAUAUGCUAUGCUUGAACACGAGAGUGUGUAUGGUGUGGUUGAAAGUAUGAAAAUAGUUACUGUUGAAAACUCAGAACGAGUAUCACGCUUCGCAUUUGAAUAUGCCAAAAAAGCUGGUCGUAAGAAGGUUACUACAAUCCACAAAGCGAACAUAAUGAAACUAUCCGACGGCUUAUUCCUUGAGACAAGCCGUAAAGUGGCAAAGGAAUACCCGGAGAUUGAGCACAACGACAUGAUCAUUGAUAACUGUUGUAUGCAGUUGGUUUCCAAUCCUCAUCAAUUCGAUGUCAUGAUAAUGACCAAUUUGUAUGGUACUAUUGUGUCCAAUGUUGUUUGUGGUUUGGUGGGGGGAGCUGGACUUUUGUCUGGAAAGAACUAUGGUGAUCAUUAUGCUAUUUUCGAGCCAGGAACCAGAAACACUGGUACAGCUAUUGCUGGAAAGAAUAUUGCAAAUCCAAUUGCCAUGCUAAAUGCUGGUGUGGACAUGUUGGAACAUUUGGGACAUUUCGUGCAUGCUGAUAUUCUGCAGAAUGCCAUUGACAAAACUGUCAAUGAAGAUCGUAUUCAUACGCCAGAUCUUGGAGGAACAGCUGCUAGCACAGAUGUUGUCCAAAAUAUCAUUCGCCAUGUACAAACCGCUACAAAGAAUAUGAAAUGGAAUGUUUCGGUUUCUAAUUAAUGACGUUAGAAGGCAGUCAAUUUGUGGAAGAAGCAACUUUAUGUCAAUCUAUCUUGCCAAUAGAUGGACUGCACCAUGGUCCAAUAAAAUUAGAACAGCAUUCAAAACGACAUCUUUAGACUACACGAUGAUUAAGGCUACUGGAAUUUGUGUCUGAGAAUUUUUUUUCUCUGAAAAAGUUUUUUUUUCUAUUCAACUUUGUGUAUAUGUAUCCAGAAUAAGGAUACGGCCAGCGCACACAGCAACAGUAUGCAGACAGACGGAGGAAAAAUCCCCCCUCAGGUUAUCGAAUGUUGCAAUGAAUUGUUAUCGAAUGUCCUUUUGUCUGCCGACGUUUUUUCUAAGGGAGAUUUUCUAAACGUCUGCACGCCAACGUUUCUCCAGUUUAUCAGCAGUACCGAAAAAGGCACUGGGUUUGAUUUCACAGUUUAUUUACAAAUGUAAACAAAUCUGAAAUGCUUUCUGGUUAAACGUUAGUUUUGUAUGCCGACGUCUGCGUUUGACCAAAACAUCUGUCAGCAUGCAUACGUCUGUGUGCGCUGAUAUUGCGCUCACACUGCAUAUGAAUAUCUAUCGUACGAAACCGAUAGUACGAGUUGAAUGCCAUUAUAAAUGUUGAAUUAGAUACCUUUUCAGAAAUUUAGGCUUUAAUCAACUAGAACUGAACAUGAAUGGUUGAAUAGGAGGAAUCAACAAAUUGAAUAAAUAACGGGUGCUAUGGUUGCACCACAUUCUUCCCUUGUUUGAGAGAAUUCAAAUUCAACAGUUCUGUGGUUUAGGUGCCAAAUAACGAAGAGAACUGUGGAUUCACGUCCAUCUUGAUGACGGAUCAAUGCAUACUCGGGAUUGGCUUGAAUGAGUUCAACCUGUUCGACUAAGGGUCGCUUUUUGAUCUUCUAACUAGCUUCUUCAACCAGACUGUGCCAGGGGCUGACAAGGGUGGACAAACAUUUGUGCAUGCGGGGUUGCUUUGGUCGUUGUACACAGUAGAGAACGGAUUGAGUGUAGUGCUCCUGGAAGGGCUGUUUCCCACCUGCAAAUCGACAAGGCAAUGGCAGUUACGAUUUUCAAUAUAACUCCCACGUAUUGUUCCGCCUGCCCAUUUCCUUUAGGGUUGUAAGGCGUUGUAUGGCUAUACCUUUUGAUCGUAAGUGAGUUCCAAGACGAUCCGACAUGAAUGACGAUCCUCGAUCUGAAUGUAAGUACAAAGGUAGACCAAAUAAGACGAAAAGGUUAUAGAAACGUAUUUGAUGACUGUCUCGGCCGAUGUGUCUGUACAAGGAAAAGCCUAUGGAAAUCGGGAGUAAUAUCUACUAUAGUGAUUAGAUACUUCUUUCGCGUCGAUGAUAGAAGUGAACCUUUGAAUUCAAUAUUGAGUUGUUCAAAAGGUCGUGUCGAUUUUAUGAGUGAACCAGAAUUUUUGUGAAAGCGAGAUUUCAACUCUGAACACACCUGGCAUUUAGAGCAUGUACGGCGUACGUCGUCCAGUGAAAAGGGGAGAUUCUUUAUUUUUACCCAAUGAUGAAGACGAGCGACACCAGGGUGAAAUAGGUCAUCAUGAUAUUUUUGUAGGGUGUGGUCUUUUAAACAGCCAGUUGUUGCGCAAGCUCUUGAAAGUGCGUCAGCGGGAACAUUAAGAUUUCCUGGUUUAUAAAUGAUAUCAAAUUUAUAUUCUGAAAGUUUGAGGUGCCAACGUGUGAUUUUCUCGUUUUUUAUUUUAUUUGUAUGAGUUGUACUGAGCAUGUAUGUCACUGAUUUUUGGUCGGUAAUCAGAGUGAAGGAGCGCCCUAGUAAGUAAUGCCUCCAUUUUCGAAUUGCUUCAACAAUAGCAUAAUAAUAUACCUCUUUUUCGAUUGAUGAGAUGAAUCUCUGAUUUCGCUUUGAGAUAACGAUCUUUAGAAAAGGCUACUGGUCGAUCAAUUUGAGAAAGAAUAGCACCUAUUGCUUGAUCCGAGGCAUCGGUAGUUACAGUGAACCGGGCGUUGUCAUCAAUGUGCACUAAGAUUGCUCAAGCUAUUUCUGAUUAUGUAUGCAUUAAUUUGUCAUCAAGAUGGACGUGAAUUCACAGUAUCUCUUCGUUAUAUCUCAUCGCAGUCUCUCUGUAAAGAAUAACGUCAGUUUAUUACUCUAUGAAAAAUUGAGUCUACCUGAAAAUAACAAUAUUAAGAAUAUUAUUUGACGCUAAAGCCAGUAUGUCCCUAAAUCCUAAAUUUUUCAAGCUGAUAACUUGGUAUGAUAAUGAGUAUGGUUAUUCUUGUAGAAUCAUUGAUCUCAUUAAGCACAUGCAAGAUAAAGAAUGUUGAUAUGUGAAAAAUAUAUAAGUUACGGUAUAGUAUUAUUCAAAUUUGAACUAUAUACUUCUCAUCAUGUUAUAAAUGGUAUUACAAAUAUUGAGUAAUUUUUAUAUUAAUCCAACAAUCAGCUGUUAAUAAUCAGUUAAUAAGCUUUAAUUUUCAAGCGAAUACAUCCGAAGUGAGAAAUAUCUUAACGUGCCUAAACGUUGGAAAAAUUCUAAUGCAGUGUGAGCACUCAUAUCUAUUCCAAAACGUCUGUAUUGUUGUUGCGUUUCUGUACGAAUGCGUAUGCAGUCAUAAUGCAUCCUCAAAUCCACUCUUUAUCCCAUGCUUGUGUUUGCCCUAUCCAAUUCGUGUGAUUUUAUACAAUCUAUUAAACAAUCCCAAGUAUUAAUUAAUUUAUUUUUGAAAAUUGUUUAUUGUAACCUUUCAAUUUGGCACCUAUUUAGAUGUUAUGUUAAUUUUCAUAUUACCACAGUAUCAAGAAAUAUACAUUGUUGCCAUCAUCUA